CAGUCAACGCGCAUGGACAACGCGCCGCCGCCAGAGUCACUUGCUCUUCGUCUUUCACCCUGCCGAAGCUACUUCGUCGUCCCCUCACAAGUUGCCAUUGAGUGCUUUCCUGCCCAAGCGGAAGGUCCCUUGCUAUCUUUGAGGCCAUUGCCCAAGUUCGACAGUGGCAGAAGCGGGUGAAUUUGCCACUCAUAUAGUACACUGAACAAG